AUGCCUUUGUCAAAGCUGCAGGGAGCUAAGCUCCCGGCUUCGGCCGACUUCCAUGUCCACCUUCGCGACGGUCCGAUGAUGGAGCUGGUUACUCCCACUAUUCGUCAGGGCGGCGUGAACACGGUCUUCGUCAUGCCCAACCUGGUCCCGCCCGUCACAACCGUCGACCGCGCCCUGGACUACAAGAAGCGCCUGCAGGCCAUUGAGCCUAACGUGAACUACCUCAUGUCGCUAUACCUGCACGAGUCGAUCACUCCCGAGACAAUCAUCGAGGCAAAGAAGCGCGGUAUCACCGGUGUCAAGAGCUACCCGGCCGGUGUGACAACCAAUUCGAGCUCAGGUGUCAUCGAUUACUCGCUGUUUUACCCCGUCUUCGCUGAGAUGGAGCGCCAGAACAUGAUCCUGAACUUGCACGGAGAAAUCCCCUCCAAGGGCGAUGUCACGGUUCUGUCGGCCGAAGAGCGGUUCCUGCCCACCCUGCUUGAGCUCCACGCCAAAUUCCCCAAGCUCCGUAUCAUCUUGGAGCACUGCACCACUGCUGCUGCCGUUGAGGCUGUGAAGAAGUGCGGCCCCACCGUUGCGGGUACCAUUACUGCCCACCACCUGUCCAUUAUCAUCGACUCGUGGGCCGGUGACCCGUUCUGCUUCUGCAAGCCCGUGGCCAAGACCCCCGCUGACCGCGACGCCCUUCUUCGGGCUGCAGCUUCCGGCAAUCCCAAGUUUUUCUUUGGUUCUGACAGCGCACCUCACCCAUCUGCCUCCAAGCGUGGCGGCGAGAAGAUUGCCGCCGGUGUGUUCACCCAGCCGUACACCACUCAGGUCGUGCUUGAUUCCUUUGAGCAGGCCGUUGAGAACGGUGUCCUCAAGGACGAGGAUAUCACACAGGAAGUCGUCGCCGGAUUCAUGAGCAAAUUCGGGCGGGCCUUCUAUGAGAUCGGUGAGGAGCAGAAGGAAUUCAUCACCCUCGAGAAGAAGGGCGAGAAGAUUGUCGAGAUCCUCAAGUCGGAUCAGAUCGACGUUGUCCCCUUCCGCAAGACCCAGAACACAUGGAGUGUGACCUGGUCUUCAUAG